AUGAAUAAUAAUACGAAUCAAAGUCAGGAAAAUAAUGAUCAAAGACUCCAAAAUUUUGAUACGCAACCAAAUGCUGGUGACCUACUUCGAAGGGCAUCAAGAUCUCGAAACACUGCGAAUUUAAUUAUUAGUACUUCACCAGUUAUUCAACAAUACACUUAUCUUGUUGAAGGUGAAA